GGUGGGCGCCGUGCGCCUGCGCGUGGACGGCGGCUUCCGUGCGCUCCUUCAACGCUCCGAGGCAGAGAAGUGGCUGCGCGAGAACGUGGACACCGUGGCCGAUGGCGUGUCCAACGCGUUCCUCCGCUUGCUGGACAAGUCUUCCGAGAAGCUGAGCCACAGAGUCGAGAAGCUGGAGAAGACGAUGGGUGGUGAGUGA